GAGGUUUUCGACAGGUACCACUUCGAACUUCUGGUAUUCAUGGGCUCUUUUCUGGUAAAAUGCGGAUGUCUUCUUAGUCCGCACUUCUGCAAUUAUAUUAAUUUGCGGAGAAACAAUGUACGCAGUUAUCCCGGCCCAUCAGAAGAUCAGUUCGUAUCAUUCUAUUUUCUUUUCGACAUGAGGAAAGGAGGUUCUGGGAAGAUUGCCGUACUUGGCCUUCCAGGACUUUAUAAACUCGAGUAUUCUCCAUGCUCUUCCUGAGUUCUGCAAGUUUGACUUCAUUCAUCACUUGCCUCCUCCUACUUUCUGCUUGUUUAGCUUCAUUCAUUUACUUGUUUAAUCCACCAUGCAUAAAAACUUCCCCAUCCCAGGGCUCUUAGCCCUCACUUUGGCAGGCGCUUGCGCAGCUCAAACAACGUGCACUGCUUCAGUGUACUCCCAAAUCGCUCCUUGUGUUGCGUCCUCAACAGCAAUUGUGCUGAACAAUAUAUUUGCACCAUCAGAAAGCAGUAUUGACUUGACUAAAGUCAAGGCCGGUACCAAAAUCACCUUUGCCGGGAAAACAACUUUUGGAUUCACCAACGAUAGUAGCUUCGAGCCAAUAAAAUUAUCGGGCUCCGGAAUUCACGUCACCAGUGCGCCCGGUGCAGUCAUUGAUGGCAAUGGCCAAGCUUAUUGGAAUGGAUAUGGUUCGAACGAUGAUGUGCCAAAGUAUGUUUUCACGGCAAUUCAAACAUGAUUAAGCUAAUGAUCAAUUCAGGCCAAAUCAUUUUAUCGCUGCCUCGAAAUUGAUUGGCGGUUCCGUGAUUGAGAAUCUCUAUAUUCAGAACUGGCCGGUUCAUCUUUUCACCAUUACCGGUGCUGUUGGGUUGACCAUCCAGAACCUGAUUCUUAACAACACAGCAGGGGACGUGCCGAAUGCUGCCAGUGGUACUUUGCCUGCAGCUCACAAUUCGGAUGGAUUCGAUGUGAGCUCGAGUGUAGACACGAUAAUCAGGAACUCAUCCGUCUACAACCAGGAUGACUGCGUAGCUAUUACGAGCGGGAACAACAUUACCAUUGAUGGGUUGUAUUGCUCAGGUGGCCAUGGUCUCUCCAUAGGAUCUAUCGGUGGGAAGAGCAAUAACAAUGUGACAAACAUUACAGUAAGUUUUAUAUACCCGCUGUUGAAUAUCUUUCUCAUUAUUUUCCAGUUUAAGAAUAGUCAUGUCGUCAAUUCCAGCAACGGAGCUCGCAUCAAGUCCAACGAAGGAACCACCGGCUUCAUCUCCAACAUCACAUACAGUAACAUUAAGCUCACCAACAUUGAUACCUAUGGCAUCGAUGUACAACAAGAUUACUUAAACGGAGGCCCAACAGGAAAUCCAACAAACGGUGUCCUUAUCCAGAAUAUUCUGUUCCAAAACGUUACGGGAACAGCCGCAGCUAGCGCCAGAAACUACUACGUACUCUGUGGAUCCGGAAGUUGUAGCAAUGUUAGUUUCUCUGGAGUUAAGAUUACUGGAGGAGCAGUAGCAAGCACUUGUAACUAUCCAUCAACUGGCUGUCCUAAGUAGGCAUCAUCAUGAACUGAAGGGAUUAAGGAUCUCUCCAGUAGGAGGAAAGAAAGGGGUUAGGUGUCGAGCAUGUUGCCUUCUGCAUAAUGUGUGUGCGGAAAUCUAUCCUUAUAACCACAGAAAUAUAUCAAAUAUACUCACAUAUUUAAAUGACC